AUGCUGGAUGAGAUCCAUCCUGCCUUGUCCAUCCACCCGCGCGACAGCAACUCGUAUACCUUCGGGUCCAUCGGCCGUCACAAUAUCGUGAUCGCUUGUCUCCCCGCCGGUGUCUACGGCACCACAUCGGCAGCCACUGUCGCCAGCAACAUGUUCAUCAGUUUUAGAUCGAUCCGCCAUCUACUUAUGGUUGGGGUCGGAGGAGGGGCGCCUUCCGCCUCGACGGAUAUUCGGCUUGGGGAUGUCGUGGUUAGCAUCCCCACGCCCCGGCACUUCGAACGAACAGGCACUCUAAACAAGCCGUCCACUUCCCUUCUGACGGCAGUCAACUAUGAACAUGACCCAGCGGGGCCGACAUGCGAAUUUUGCGACCGUGAAAAACUGGUGAGCCGGUCGACACGCAGCUCCGAUCGGCCGGUUGUUCACUACGGCCUGGUCGCAUCCGGAAACCAGGUCAUCAAGCACGCACAAACGCGCGAACGACUGGCAGCGGAGCUCAAUGUUCUUUGUUUCGAAAUGGAGGCAGCCGGGCUGAUGGACAAUUUCCCCUGCCUGGUCAUUCGAGGUGUUUCGGACUAUUCAGACUCGCAUAAAAAUAAGGCGUGGCAGGGCUAUGCGGCUGCAACCGCGGCUGCAUAUGCAAAGCAGCUUCUUGCUACGAUCAGCGUUCCCAGCGCUGGAACUGUAGAUGAUCCUGCUAAUCCUGGAGCAAUCACGCCUGAGGAACACCGCGUAUCGAUGAUGAAUGCUCUGCGAUUUGACCAACUUAAGAGCCGGCAAGCCACGAUAAAGCCCGCGCAUGCGAAAACCUGCAAGUGGCUUCUCGAGAAGCAGGAGUAUUUGGAUUGGCUGGACAGCAGUCGCUUCCCCGAGCACCGUGGCUUUCUCUGGAUUAAGGGAAAGGCAGGGAGUGGCAAAUCGACAAUGAUGAAGUUUGCGUUCCAACAGGCCGAUGCAACUGUGAAUGCAGAGACCGUGGUCAUCUCUUUCUUCUUCAAUGCCAGAGGUGAAGAAUUGGAGAAAUCCACAUUGGGAAUGUACCGAUCCUUGUUAGUGCAAUUGCUCGAAAAGGUCUCAAAACUCCAGAUGCUUCUCGACGAACUUGACCCUAAGCGUUCAGAAGAGAAGGAUCCUUGGUGUCAUGAGAUACUUCAGCACAUCCUUCGCCAGUCCAUCUCACUGCUCAGCGGUCGGCGUGUCAUCUGCUUCAUUGAUGCCCUGGAUGAAUGUGAAGAAGAAGAGGUCCGCGCCAUGAUUGACUCUAUUCAAUCCCUCGGAGAGCAUGCAAUUUCGACAAGGGUUCAGCUUCAUGUCUGCUUCUCAAGUCGUCACUACCCCCAUAUUGCCAUCGAGAAGGGACUGGAACUGAUCCUCGAGGACCAGCAAGGUCACGCUGAUGAUAUUACUCGAUACCUUCACAGCGAACUCAAGAUUGGGCGCAGUAAGCAAGCCGAGGAGAUCCGACGCGAGAUACAUGACAAGGCCUCGGGAAUAUUUUUAUGGAUGGUGCUUGUUGUGCAGAUCUUAAACCGCGAAUCUCAGCGUGGUCGCUUGCAUGUCCUCCGCAAGAGACUUCGUGAGAUUCCGGCCAAAUUUAGUGAUCUUUUCAAAGAUAUACUGACAAGGGAUACUGUGAACAGGGAAGAUCUCUUACUGAUUCUUCAGUGGAUAUUAUUCGCUAGAAGACCACUCAAACGAGAGGAGCUGUAUUUUGCCAUCCUUUCUGCCGAUCCCGACAACUUGACGGAGGCCUGGGACCCUGAAGACAUAACUGAGCAGGACAUGGAUCGAUUCAUUUUGCACUCCUCCAAAGGGCUAGCUGAGACGACCAAGUCAGGGGAGAAGACCGUUCAAUUUAUCCAUGAGUCUGUCAGAGACUUUCUACUGAAGGACAACGGGUUGCGAGAGCUCUGGCCUGAGCACCAGGGUGAUUUCGAGGCUUCAAGCCAUGAUCGACUGAAGAAGUGUUGUAACAACACCCUCCUUUCAGAAGCUGGCAACCAUGUUCCACAGGAGCACUAUACUGCAUGUGUUUCGAGUGAAGACCUCAGCACCCUACGAGACGCUAUUUCUCGGAAGUCCCCGUUUCUUCAAUAUGCAGUACACAAUGUCCCUCAGCAUUCUGAAGCUGCACAGUCGGGUGGAAUCUGCCAGGAGUGUUUCCUUGGAACAUUCAAAUUCUCCCACUGGAAGCGCUGCAGCAGCGCCUUCGAGAUGUACAAAAUCCGUCAUCACACGGAAUCUACAUGCCUUCUUUAUAUUCUUGCGAAAUAUGACCUAUCGGAUCUGGUUCAGUUGGUUGACCCAAAUGCACAUGAUGUGAAUGGCGACACGCCUUUGCAUUACGCCAUUCGAUAUGGACAAGAACAUAUGUUCACCAAGCUUCUCACUAUGACUCAGAUUGGUUUGAGUGCUCAGAACAAGGCUAAUCAAGCCCUGCUACAAUGGAUUGCCGAUAACACUGGUCUUUUGUUCUCCGCUAUCGAGCGGAAUGAUGAGCUUGUGUUCAAUCGACUGUUGGCACCACAGUGUAUUGAUAACAAUGCCUUGAACAGAAACAAAAAGACGCCGUUGAUACGGGCAACCGAAGGCUCAAAAUUCCCCAUGAUCCAGUCGCUAUUGGAUUUGAGCUGCAAGGAGGCCAUGGAUGGGCCCACAGCACUUGCAUACGCCGCACCUAGAGGCUACGAAAACACUGUUACGCCGCUACUCUCGACAGAAAGAAUCAAUGUCGAUGCAGCAGAUUCACUCGGAAUCACGCCACUCAUGUAUGCCACUCAUGCACGCUGCCACUAG